CUGACCAAGAUUGCAGGAUUGCUUGUGAAAACUCUUGCCAAGCCUCUCUCAAAACGGAUAAAACAUGAGUUCUCCCGGUACCCAGUCACACAGCGUCUCCUCAUUAACAUCGGACAAACAUCACAUCAGUUCUCGUCUCGAAUGACCAUCUGGAGUGCUGGCUACAAAGUUCGUAGUAUCACCCCACUGGAGGAAGAAAAGGCAAUGAAAGAGGGCGCAGAACUAGUGGGAGAAACGUUCAUUUUAAGUGUAUCGGUAGGCUGGCUACUCUGGGAAUAUAAUCGCAGCAAAGAAAAAGAGAACGACAAGGAAUCGAAAAGGAGGGCUGCGUCCAAGGCAGAGAGAGAUUCCUUGCAGGCAAAGUUGCAUGCGUUGGAUGCCCGUCUCAAGGCCUUAGAGGUUGUUGUAAAAGCCAACAGUGAAUCCCUUCUUAAUCUCGGACCG